UUGGUUUCUUUGACAUAAACAAUCUUGUGUACGAGAGAUAGUGCAAAAGAAAUGAAAAUUAGGGAAAGGAUAUUACCAAGAGUUGCAUCUGACUUGGGAGCUUUCUUAUUUGUUCUUUUCAUUAUUCCAGUGACGUACUGUUUCGAGUUAUUCAUUGUCUUGCCUGCUCUACAUUCCGUGUGGUCAUUUUGGUAUACACUACAUUUCAUUUGUGCUACGUAUGUAAUGGUAAACGUGGCAAGCAAUUUUGUUGCUGUUGUUGUUGUGGACACUAGUCUGCAGAAUAUUGUAACAGCAUCCUCACAACCAGAGAAUUGGCGAUACUGCACCGAGUGUGAAACCGUUGCUCCUCCAAGAUCAUGGCACUGUGAUACAUGUAAAACAUGCAUUUUGAAGCGCGACCAUCACUGUAUGUUUACUGGUUGUUGUGUCGGUCAUUACGAGUGUAGAUAUUUUUAUAUGUUUCUUUUGUACGUGUUCAUUGGUACAUUUUAUUCCACUUAUCUUAACUGCUUUUACAUAUGGAAAAACUUUGAACAUUUCUCUCUGUUAGGUAUAACAAAGUUUAUAUUUCCAAUGGCAAUGCUUGUUUUAGGCGUAGACGCUACUGAAAAACAAGUAUGCUUAUUAAUAUUUAUAAUUAAUUUCGUUGGUGCAAUAUUUACAUUGGUUUUGUUGGUUCACCACACCAGCUUAGUGUGCAAGGGAAUGGUAACACAUGAAAAGGGCAAAAAUAUCACAUACUAUGAUAGUGGUCUGAAAAAAAACUUAUCUCAGACUUUUGGAAAGAGGUGGCAUAUAUCUUGGUUAUUUCCAUUUGUAGCGUCAGAAUUGCCAAAUGAUGGAACAGACUGGAAUGAUUUGCAGAAAACUGAUUGAUGGAAAUCUAUCACGUUCCUACUGGCAUAAUUCUCAAGGGAAGGAGUUCAUGAAUGUGUACAGUGUCUGUACAUUGUGGUUCACUGUUUGUUUGUUUUCUUCUAUAAACCAUCAAAAAUUUGUUUAAAACAGAUGGAGUUGUAUAUAUGUAUUAUGAGAAGCAACUGUAAAAUAUAUCAUUUACAUUAAC